AGCGACAUCGCUUGUGCUCCUUGCCCCUUUUUUCUGCUCCAUUUCCUCUCAAGAGAUGGCGGAAGGGAUCGCGAAAUCAUUGAAGAAUGAGGAAGACGCCUGCGACGACGUCCCUCUUUCCGCUUUUUCCGGUGCUAAAAUGGUGAAGAAGGAGGAGCCGAGCAACGGCGCAGAAGACGGCGAGGAUCAAGACAAUGUUCCUCUCUCCAAAUCCAGAGUAAGGAAAUCCAAAACCUCCACUUCAAAGGUCAAGAAAGAGGAAAUUUUCGAGCAGACAAAUGACAAGAAGAUAAAGAAGAGGGAAGAGGAGAAGAAGAAUGUGAAGAGUGUUUCCCGAGUAAAGACAAGUGGAACGGAUGAUUCAGAAAACGAGGAUGUGAAGGAGAAGAAGGAAAAAAAGAAGAGGAAGAGGAUUAAAGAGGUGGAGAAAAAAACAGUUGGGAGGAAGGGUUCCGUUGCUGAUGGAAAGGUAAAGGGGAGAAAGGUGUAUGAUUUACCAGGGCAGAAGCACGACCAGCCGGAGGAAAGAGAUCCUUUGCGAAUUUUCUAUGAAUCACUUUACAAUCAGGUUCCAGGAAGUGAAAUGGCUGCACUAUGGAUGAUGGAGUGGGGUUUGCUUCCAUUGGACGAAGCUAAGAAGGUGUAUGAUAAUAAGCUCAAGAAGAACCAACAGCAGAAGCUGAGGUCACCGAUAAAGGCUGCCUCUGUUGAGAUGAGACAAAAUGGCGCUAAAAAGCUGCAGAAAACUGUCCAGAAAACGGAAAUGAAGGUUUCAAGGCAGCGGAAGGCUAGGGACUCCCAAGAUGAAGAUGAUGAUGAUUUCGUUUUGUCUAAGAUAGCCAAAAAACCAAGAGCUUCAGGCUAAUACAUUAGCUGCAAUGUUGAUUGUCGCUUAUUUAAUCAACUACAUUUACUGAUUUACAUUCUCCACGGGUAAUUUAAACUCGCUUUUGGUGUUA